AUGGCCUUCCCUGAUGACUUGGAUGACGUACACGAUUGGCUCGUUAUUGUGAACGAUGAGGCUCUGGAGAGGUUUAACUCGUCAAUGGACGAGUUCAAGAUUGUGAGGAAGGAGGCAGAGGAGGCCAAACGGCCGACAAGUGCGGCUAUGGACAUAGACGAUGGGUUUCAAUUGGUGUGUAGGAAAAAGAAAAAGGGGCCUACUGGAUCGAUAGCGGCCAGUGGGAACGAUGAUUCGAGUCAGGUCUCCUCUGCGAUGAAGGUGGCUGCCAAGGAUAAGAAAACUGUUUGGUGCAUGGGUUUCCGCUACAUGGGUUUUCCUGAGGCCACCAUGUUUGGUGCAAGUGCUGGAUUUCCUCAUGGGUUCUUAAAUACAUUUCAUGACGGACCUGCACAUAGGCACCAUCUGAACAAGGGUAUAGGGUCUCGGCGUCGGUGA